GAGAGGAAAGCAGCUUUAAUUGCUGGGCAGAGAGAAAAGCCAGCGAUGGCUUCGCUCAGGCAGGAGCACCAGUAUGGGCUCUCCUGUGGAAAAAAUAACAAAAACAGCUCCAACGGGACGCUGUUCCAUGUCAAGCUCACGGACACGGCUAUCAGGGCGCUGGAGGCUUACCAAAACCUCAAGGGAUCUUUACCAAGUGAACCAUCGAUUUGUUUCAAAGGAAACCAAGGGUACAUCAAGAUCCCAGCUCCCACACCAGAGUCACCUUCUGCUCUUCGUGUCUUCUCCUUCUACUUAUCCAGCGACAGCAAAGACCAACCUCAAGCCAGCUUUGACUGCAUCCAUCAAUAUGUUUCAAGUGACGGCCGUGAGCAGCUGGAAGGUCAAGGCAUCAUCCAGGACAAGAUCACAGUGUGUGCCACCGACGACUCGUACCAGAUGACCCGUGAGAGGAUGUCUCAGGUGGAGAAGGACAGCUGGAGCCGCUCUGCCAUUGAGAUCAAACCUGGAGCCACACAUCCAAGUAAAUGCGUGAAGUUCCACAAGAGGCCAGUUUCUCUGUCUGCGUCAGACAGCAGCUUCCAUAAGCAGUCUACCAACAAUCGGAGGAACAGUGGUAUGGCCACGGCAACCCAGAAGCCCUUGAGGGAGCGCAUCAUCCACCUGCUAGCUCUCAAACCAUACAGGAAACCGGAGCUGCUGCUGUGGCUGGAAAGAGAAAGGGCCAGCCCCAAGGACAAGGCUGACCUGGGGAACAUACUGGAGGAGGUGGCAAAAGUGAAUCCCAAAGACAGCAGCUACCUGCUGAGGGAUGACUUCUACAAGCACGUGCAGAGGGACUGGCCAGGCUACAGCGAGGAGGAGAGGCAGCUGAUCAGCAGGCUGUUGGCCAGGAAGUUGCAGCCGCAUAUCAGCCACCAAUCGAGGAAUCUUCAAGCAAAUGUGUCGAUACUGAAGACCUCAGAGGAUACAACGCUACAUCACAGCACAGCAAAAAAUCCUGCAGUGAAACGCCCUGUGCCUUUUGACUCACCGGAAAGGCUAGCUGUUAAGAGACAAAGACUUGCAGACCAGAGGUUGCAACAGCAGCCGACAGUAAACGGACUCUUAAACAAUAAAGGACACAACAUUGCAACUCCUACCCUCAACCCCAGUUUCCACACAAAGACUGAGUUUCAACGGACAAGUAACCAUACUAGUAACCAAAAUGGCUUACCAGGGGUCCACAAUGGAGUUCCUCUAAUGCACAGCACCUCUGACACACCUGUGGGAGAGCAAGAACCCAAAAUAAGCAGCCACCAGCCACCGCAGGUCGACUCUAACUGCGCUCACCAGCAGCUCGCCAACAGCCAGCACAGGAAGAAGAAAUCUAAAAAGCACAAAGACAAGGAACGAGAGAGGUUAAAAGACAACAAGGGCAGCGAAUGGUUAGAGACGAGUCCUGAUAUCAAGCAGAACCCGGACAAACUUGACAAUCCUGACAUCACAAACGCUGUGGCCUCUGAGGAGAAGCCGGAUUAUGUGCUCACAUACGGCACCAUCAUGAGUUUGGAGCAACGUCAGAGGUACCAGGAGGAUUUUUGUGCAGAGUAUGAUGAAUACAAAGACCUCCACUCCCGGAUCGCGACCAUAACUCACAUGUUUGUUCAGCUAGGAUCCAAGAUCAAAAGCUUGUCCCCUGGCACGCAAGAAUAUAAGAUAAUGGAAGACCAAAUACUAGAAAAGUACAACAAGUAUCGGAAGAAGUUCCCAGGAUACCGGGAAGAGAAGAAACGGUGCGAGUAUCUCCAUGAGAAGCUCUCCUACAUCAAACAGCUCAUCAUAGACUAUGACGUCUCACAGGCCUCUUCAUAGCAUCCACUCUCCGCUUUAUCAGUUUUUUUAUAUGGAACUCCCUUCUUUGCAUAAACAACAUAGGUGUCCAACGAAGCGUUUUUAUUGAGAGUGAUAUAAAAUGUUUUGGAUGAAACUUCAGACAUCAACAUGGCAAGCUUCUGCUGGGAUCACAGAUGAUGCUGGGAGCACUAAUGAUAUAGAUCAAUAGCAGAUUCCAGUCUGGUAUUUGUAAGUCUAUUUGUUUUAAAGUUGUCAUUUUUUAACAGAUAUUUGUUGAUGUGAAAAGUCCAGGAAAGAGGGGAAAAAAGUCUUGGUACUAAUGAGAUCUUGCCAUCACAGACAAAAACUAGUUAAAACCAAUUUCAGUGUAAGCCAUUUUCUACGAAAUAUGUAAAAGGUAGCAAAUAUGACUUUAACUUAUUGACUUUGUUUCUGACACUUGUUAAGUCAAACAUUGCUUCAGGCAAGUUUUCCCCUUUCCUUUUUGCAUUAGCAUCAAGAUAUUGAAACUUGAUUUUUAAAUGAAUCUAGAAAGAAAUAGAUUUAGUAUUGGCACAAUGGAAAUAAUCUCACCCCUUGGCACAAAGUAAUAAUUUAGGACUCAGUAAUAUACAAAGUGAUGUUAUAAAAUACAGAUAUCUUGCAAUACAGUGGUGCUGGCUUAUUGUACACUAAAUUCAAAUCCUUUACAUACCUGCUGUCAACCGCUGAAUCCAAUGAGUUAAAACUGGAAAAUAUUAAAAUAGCUGCACAUACUCACAUACUGUAGAACCAGCUGCAAUACAGUACAUUCAGCUAUGUCUCCCAAAUGCACUUGCGUUUAAAGUAUUUAUUUACCCCACCCCAUUCUUUUGAAAGACUGGUAAAGGGACCAAAAUGCUUGGCCAUGAUGGCUGUUGCAAUAAUUUGGUGAGGAAAGAGGAUUUUUCUCCCCAAAGCCAUUACUGAAUCAAUCAGGCAGGUUAAUCAGGCGCCAUGUCUAGUUUAAAGUAUUUCAACCCAGUGGAGAAAAAGAAAGUGUCUUUCCCUCUCAGAUGUUGUCUUCUUCCUUCUUAGAACUACUGAUGUAUUUAUUUUAAGCCCUCUUCCUCCGCUCUGUGUUGUUGACCUCCUCAGCUUGAAGCGUCAGGUCUCAUUAGAUCUUAGAGAAAGUGUUUAUAUCCAAGCAGCUGGGGGAGCGAGGUGGGAGAGGUUGUGAAUAAAUCAAAGGUCCGUGUUGUAUGUUUUGUCUCUGUCUGACCCGACAGAGUUGUGGAGAGUGGCUGAGUUAAAGCUGCUUCAAAGUCCUCUAAAUAUUCAUGUCGAAAUGGCAACAAAAGGCCUCGGCCCCUUCGACAUAUGAUGCCCCUGCCGUGCACUUGAGCUGUGUCUGAAAUUGUUCACUUUCUCACUAUAAAGAAGAAACUGUAUCACACACAAAGCAUGGUGGUACGUUACCGGUUUGUUCACAUUGUAUUGCACUGUUGGAUUAUUUAAGAAUUCAGACAGCACUACAGAACUAAAUUGGGGACUUUGUAGUGGACACUGAAUGAUUUCAGAGUCAGCCCUAGAUAUUUGGUCUCCAGGGAAACAUGGAGCCAUAUUGGUUAAGAUUUUACAUAAGCAGUUUUGGUACUUGUGAAUUUUAAAACAAUAUCCUGGAGGCUUUUCUAUCCUUCAGUUUCCAGUUAAUAAUCAGUGCCCAUUCUUUGCACUAAACCCAGUCUGAAGAAAGGGGGACGACAGACGGAUAAAAUUUCCACUCCGAUUUGUAAUCAUUCACCGUGGUUGCAGUUUUUGUACUGAAUGUUAUCACAAAGUCAAUGACGUAGAAGCCUUAAGAUUACACUUUUUAUAGGACAAAUCUUCAAACUGCCAAUAUCAACAAGGAGUCAUUAUCCACACACAUCUGUUAUCUGCCUUAUAUUAUUGUUAGCUGUUACAUUUAUACCUUUCUUAGCCAUUUCAAUGUUAAAAUGGAUGCCAACAGUGGCUUUGUCACACGUCAGAAUAUUACUUUCUGGAGGAAAUGUUUCAUAAUGUAAUUUAAAAUUUGUUUAGUGCACAGUUUCAUUGGCUAUGGUGGCAUAGCUUACUCAGUUGCAUUUGUAAUCCUUGUGGUACUCUGUUUAUCAUCAUCAUCUCUGAGAUAUGCUCAUAGAUAUAUGUGGCUGAUAUUCCUAUUGACGUCCCAUCUAAAUAUCAUCUUGAUUGGAAGAUUGUCUUCUGUGAUUCCUGUGAUAUUUUAAGCACAAAAGAAAUCCAUUGUUAAUAACUAUACUCAAUCACUUUCAGGUAGUGGGCGGCAAUUAUGAGAAGGUUUCAGGGGGAAAAUGGUAUAUUGUCGAGUGGUUUAUGAAAGACCAUAAUUAUCUGUUGGUUACUGAGUUUGAUGGAGAUCAUAAUUAUAUGGGGGUUAUUGAGUAUGAUGAAAGAAUCACUGGUCUUGAAGACAGAAUAUUUCUUACAAAGUCACUAAAUUAAUUUUAUUUAUCUUCUCUUAAUCACAAGCUACAACAAAAGGUUCAUACGGUGUUCUGUUUUUUGGACUGGUGCUGAAUAUUUACAAGGCACCAGUGUGUACUGCACAGUAGGUGUUUUUAUGUACCACAUACCUGCUGAAGGGAAAGCCUCAUCUUAGUCACAGAGGAGUCAGAGAAGAGAGUAUGCACUAUGGACUACGUUUUACAAAUGUAUACUUUCUCUUUUUCUGUUGUGCAAAGUUCAAAAGAAUAAAAACAUCAAAGUGA